GAAAAAGCGAUCGAAAAUUGCUAUCGCUUUCAUCUUCCUAUCAUGUUGACACGCUUCAUUAGUGCAAUAAAAGUUCUAGGAAAUUUUAAACUCAGUCGUUGAAGUAAGUAGUAAGUAGAGAAAAAACAAGUUUACUUUAUUGAAGUGUAGUACGGCAAUCACUUUUCGAAGCUUACUAGAAUUCAGUUCAUCAUCGUCUUCAAGGUAAGAGCGAAUCUUCAUACACAUGACCUUGGCUAUAAUCGAGUCACACCAUCGUGGAAUCCCAUGACAGCCACGGACGGAGAGGAUUUCGAAGCUCCGGCACGGCUGUUAGCAGCCUCUAGCUCGCCCGUGGCGUGGAGUGACUCUCGCGGGUCGCGCUCCAGGCAUCGGAACACCACGACGAGCCACCAUCAACUGUAUGGAGUUCCUUGACCGUGCUUUUCAACCAGAUACUUAGUUGCCGUAGCACCUCCACACAACGUAUAUCAUGACGACUGCCACCUCUGACGAGAAGCGGGCCGUAGUCCCGCCGACCUCCGGAUCGGCGCGGCAUGUGCCAGCCCCGGACCCGCCAUUGCAGAUCGACUUUCCCGCUGCGACCGAACGCGAGGGCGGUGUCCCGGUGUUUUCCUUUCAAGUUGGUCAGCUGGCUACAACCGGCCCCGCCACCGUGCUGAAGGGCACGAAGCCGAGCGACUACCGGCUCUCCUACGCGGGGAAGGUGGUGCAGCUGCGCACCGUCGACGAAGCCACGCGGAUCAGCGACGCACGUCGCGCAAAUCAGGACUCCCGGACCUUGCCGCAGGGCUUGUUUUUUGACCAACUAACCGGCACGAUCUCCGGGCUGCUCGCAACGCAGGUUGGCACCACGUUCCCGCGCACGCGGUUCCAAGUCGAGGGGAAGAACAAAUGGGGUUGCGCGUCCACCUUUCUGGAACUCGAGGUCCGGCCACUGAAUCCGCCCACUAUUCUGGCGGAGCACAAGGACGCGCUGCCGCAACAGUACGUGUACGAAGUAGGGAACUUUGUGAACAUCCCGCCUCCCCCCUUCACCAACCUGGACACGGACCGGAAAAACCUCAGGUUCUUACUUGCGCCCGAGCAGCUUCCGGCCGGGCUGCGCUUCGAGCCCACUAUCGGAGGCUUGUCCGGGAUCGCGUUAGAACCCUUCGCUCCGCUCGGCUACGUCAUCCACGCAUCAAACUCGUGGGGCUCGGCCCAGGCGCAUUUUACGCUCACCGUCGGCGCACCGGCGGAUCCGAAAUAUCUGUUAUGUGCGGACAGAGUAGCGUUUGACGAGAAGGAGCAGGGACCCAUCUACCGGUACGAGUUCACUUGCGGAAGCCUGGCGUCGACCGGGCCGUGUCACGGUUUCGGGGUGGACUUCUUUCACUUCGAUCACGCAAAGAAUCCGCCACUGCCCCUCGGGUUGGUAUUCGAUCCGGUAAACGGAGAGAUCGCGGGUAUGCUACCACGAGACCCCGCUGCGUGUAACAUGGGCGGAACUACAACUUCUUCUCGGAUCGCGACAGGCGAAGCGGUUGCGAAUCGCGGUAGUGGUGCUCUUCAGCAGCCGGCAAACACGGCUCAACUCGGCGCGCCGCGCAGGUACCGCGUUACUGCAGUGAUGAGCACAAUGGGUAGUGCUUCAUCUUUCCGUGGAGGGACGUCGAAUCCAGGUGUGUUACCCACGCCGGAAGAAAUCGUAGCGGCCGCCAGCCGGCCGAUUCCCGCGAAAGCCGUGAAGAAGGAGCUUUGCAUUGAAAUCGUGGUGCAGCCGAUGCAACCUCCGCAACAGUUGCAGUAUAGCGAGAAGACGAUUACCUGUCAGCACGGAAAAAUCCUCUGGGUGGAGCCGCCAUCCGUGAAAGGAACCAGCCCGGACAGUCUGCACAUCGCGAAGGGGCGUUUGCCGAAGGGCCUGGAGUUCGACGAACUGAAGGGUGUGAUCUUCGGCACAGUCGUCGAGGCUCCGUGGGACGAGGAAAUCGAGGUCCAGUGUUAUAACCGAUGGGGAUCUUGCUCGACGACCUUGCGCAUCAUCGUGCAACCACCAGCCGCGCCGCAGAUACUGGGAAUUCGGAUGUGGUCUCCCGGAAACCCGGCUGGGGGGAUCGACGCGAACGCAGAGGGAAGCUUGGACUCCAGCAUGCCUGACGUGUUCGCACCGCCUCUUCGGGCGAGGAGUUCUGGAUUGCCGGGCGACGGCGUCUCGCAGCACGCUUUGGAAGAUCUUACUUCUGCCAGCCCUGCUCCGACAGGGG